AUGGCUCCUGGAAAUGAGGCAUACCACCCACAUGAUGCCAUCAAGGCUGCUAUCAAUGGCACAAUGAUCACCGGCGCGGCUGGCGGACUGGUCUCUGCGAUCCAGAACUCCCUGACGAAGAAGAACGUGAGCGCAUGGGGAGUCUUCACGAGGACGGGAGGCACGAUCGCUGUUUUUGCCGCUAUGGGAGGCACCUAUGAGUUUACACGAUUUGCGUCCGCCAACCUGCGAGAGAAGGACGAUAGUUUGAACACGGCUCUCGGAGGAUUUCUGGCUGGAUCUGUGCUGGGAUUGAGAUUUGGAACGACACCCGCAGUCCUUGGAUUUGGUGCCCUGACAGCGGUGGUUAUGGGUGCCUACGACUACACAGGCGGAGCGUUGACCGGAUACAGGAAGGACUCAGAGAUGGAUGAGUUCGAGCGGAAAGAACUUUUGAGGAAGAAUCGCAGACGGCCAAUUGACCAGACAAUAUCAGAAAUCGGAGAGGGAAGAGGUGUGUACGGACCGGGAUACGACGAGAGACGGAGGGAGAGGAUUAAGGAGAAGUAUGGUAUCGAGGUGCCCGCAAAGUCAUAG